AUGCUAGGACUGGAUAUGAUGCCUAUCCCUUUUCGAGUGCAGCAUAUGAUCCUCCAAACUCUACAACGUCACCUCGAGCAUUCUGCCUUCCAAUUUGUUCAAAAUUGGCUUCUACCACAGUCUUUGGCUCUAGGCUGGACAUGCCCCGAGGCGCUGGAGCCGAACAAAUUCUUCAAGUUCUUAGCUAAAUAUCAAUCGAAGAUCUCGUCUGAGCAAAGCUGUGAAAAUGUCAGCUCUGUUCAUCGCUUGCCCCAAGACAAAGAUAGUCUGCUUCAGAUGAAUCGCGCUGCCAUCGAGUUUUGUCUUUGCAUUGGCGAAAGUCCUGGCGCAGAGAGUCUCUGUUGUCUCUUCAGAUUCCUACAGAAAACAACCCCGAAGUCUAGCACAAUGUAG